GUGCCCCGCUGCUUCCUGUCAUGCUUUCCUCUGCUGGUUACAUCAUUUGGUCCGGCUGGGCUGGGCAGGGAAAUCCCGGGUGGGCUUCGUCCGCGUACCCGGCCCGCGGUCGCGCUGAGCUGAGGUGAAAAGGUCCCAGCUUAUGUGUGAUUGCAGUAGCAUCACCUGUGCAGACUGAACAGCACUGUCCCCAGUGAAUGUUGUUUGUUUAAAAAAAGAAAAAGGAAAGAAUGGUUCAGCAAGUUGCAGAAAAUAUUUGCUUUCCAGCUGAGGAGGAGAAGAUAUUGAAGUUCUGGAGCCAACUUAAUUGUUUUCAGGAAUGCUUGAAACAGUCAAAAAAUAGACCUAGGUUUACCUUCUAUGAUGGUCCUCCAUUUGCUACUGGGCUUCCACACUAUGGCCACAUUCUUGCUGGAACCAUUAAAGACAUAGUAACCAGAUUUGCCCACCAGAGUGGCUUUCAUGUUGACAGAAGAUUUGGAUGGGAUUGCCAUGGUUUACCUGUGGAGUAUGAAAUUGACAAAGCACUUGGCAUCAAAGGACCAGAGGAUGUGGCCAAAAUGGGGAUUGCAGAGUAUAACAGUCAGUGUAGGGGAAUUGUGAUGAGAUACUCCAAAGAGUGGGAGUUCAAUGUUACCAGACUGGGACGCUGGAUUGAUUUUGAGAAUGACUAUAAAACUCUGUAUCCAGAAUUCAUGGAAUCUGUAUGGUGGGUUUUCAAGCAGCUGUAUGACAAAGGUCUGGUUUACAGAGGAGUUAAAGUUAUGCCUUUCUCCACUGCAUGUAACACUCCCCUUUCAAACUUUGAAUCUCAUCAGAACUAUAAGGAUGUUCAAGAUCCAUCGGUAAUUGUAAGCUUCCCACUGGAUGAAGAUGAAAACAUCUUUCUUGUUGCUUGGACAACUACUCCUUGGACUCUACCAAGUAAUCUAGCCCUCUGUGUUAAUCCAGAAUUGCAGUAUGUGAAACUGAAAGAUAAUGCCACAGGGAAGAUUUUUAUUUUGAUGGAAGCCAGACUGGUGGCACUAUACAAAUCUGAAAAUGAAUACAAGAUCCUUGAUAGGUUUCCUGGUGUGGCUCUUAAAGGCAAGAAAUAUAAACCACUGUUUGAAUAUUUUAUUAAGUGUAAAGAGAAUGGUGCUUUUACUGUGGUGAUAGAUAACUAUGUAAAAGCAGAAGAAGGCACAGGGGUUGUGCAUCAGGCCCCCUACUUCGGUGCUGAUGAUUACAGAGUCUGCAUGGAUUUUAAUAUUAUUCAGAAAGAUUCAGUACCAGUUUGUCCUGUUGAUGCUUCAGGCUGCUUCACAGCAGAAGUGACUGAUUUUGCUGGGCAAUAUGUGAAGGAUGCAGAUAAGAAUAUCAUCAGGGCUCUGAAAGAGAAAGGUAGACUGGUUCACAUCAGUACUUUUAAGCACAGCUACCCUUUCUGUUGGAGAUCUGAUACCCCUCUAAUAUAUAAAGCUGUGCCAAGCUGGUUUGUAAGAGUAGAGCACAUGGUGGAGAAGUUGUUGGAGAAUAAUGCUCAAUGCUACUGGGUUCCUGACUUUGUGAGAGAGAAGCGUUUUGGCAACUGGUUGAAAGAAGCCCGUGACUGGGCUAUAUCCAGAAACCGAUACUGGGGAACACCUAUUCCUUUGUGGGUCAGCGAUGAUUUUGAAGAGGUGGUUUGCAUUGGAUCAGUGGCAGAACUGGAAGAGCUGUCAGGAGUGAAAAUCACAGAUCUUCAUAGAGAAAGCGUUGAUCAUCUAACCAUCCCUUCACGCUGCAGAAAGGGCAUGUUGCACCGCGUUUCUGAAGUGUUUGACUGCUGGUUUGAGAGUGGGAGCAUGCCAUAUGCUCAAGUCCAUUAUCCAUUUGAGAACAAAAAAGAAUUUGAAGAUGCCUUCCCUGCUGAUUUCAUUGCUGAAGGCAUUGACCAAACCAGAGGAUGGUUUUACACUUUGCUGGUGCUGUCCUCAGCUCUUUUUGGAAAGCCUCCUUUCAAGAAUGUAAUUGUAAAUGGGCUAGUUCUUGCCAGUGAUGGCCAAAAAAUGAGCAAACGAAAGAAGAACUAUCCUGAUCCAAUGCACAUUGUAAAUAGUUAUGGAGCUGAUGCACUAAGGUUGUAUCUCAUUAAUUCUCCUGUGGUAAGAGCAGAAAACUUACGAUUUAAGGAAGAAGGAGUAAGGGAUAUACUGAAGGAUGUCUUAUUGCCCUGGUAUAAUGCAUAUCGCUUUCUCGUUCAGAAUGUUCUGAUCCUGCAACAUAAGGAAGAGGGAAAGGAAUUCCUUUACAACGAGAACACAGUUAAGCAGACCAAUAACAUCAUGGACAAAUGGAUUCUUUCCUUCAUGCAGUCACUCAUUCAGUUCUUCAAGGCUGAAAUGGCAGCCUACAGACUAUACACUGUAGUCCCUCGGCUGGUGAAGUUUGUUGAUAUACUGACCAAUUGGUAUGUUAGAAUGAAUCGCAGAAGGUUAAAGGGUGAAAGUGGAACUGAUGACUGCAUUAUGGCUUUGGAAACCUUGUUUAAUGUUCUGUAUGCAAUGUGCAAACUUAUGGCACCUUAUACUCCAUUUAUUACUGAAAUGCUGUACCAGAAUCUGAAGACCCUUAUUGAUCCUGCCUCUGUUCAAGAAAAGAACAUUGAGAGCAUUCACUACCUCAUGCUUCCUCAAGUGAGGGAAGAUCUGAUUGACAAAAAAAUUGAAAGUGCCAUUUCCUGUUUGCAGUCCAUUAUUGAGCUUGGCCGUGUAAUACGAGACAGGAAAACCAUUCCAGUAAAGUAUCCUUUGAAAGAAGUAGUGGUUAUUCAUCAGGAUCCAGGGGCUCUGGAAAACAUUAGAUCAUUGGAGAAAUAUAUACUUGAGGAGCUUAAUGUGCGUCAAGUGACACUGUCUACGGAUAAAGAUAAGUAUGGAAUCCGGCUGAGAGCAGAACCAGAUCACAUGGUGCUCGGAAAGCGUCUGAAAGGUGCCUUUAAGCCUGUUAUGACUGCUAUCAAGGAGCUGAAGAGUGAGCAGCUGGAGAAAUUUCAAAAGACAGGGAUUAUUUUAGUGGAAGGCCACGAACUACAUGAGGAAGAUCUUCGUCUCAUGUACACCUUUGAUCAAGUCACAGGAUGCUCUGCCCAGUAUGAGGCACAUUCUGAUGCUCAGAUUUUAGUUCUCUUAGAUGUCACCCCAGAUCAGUCAAUGGUUGAUGAAGGAGUUGCCCGUGAAGUGAUAAAUCGCAUCCAAAAACUUCGCAAGAAGCGCAAUCUGGUUCCUACGGAUGAGAUUAUAGUGUAUUACAGAUCAACUCCAGAAGGUGACUACUUGGAAUCGGUUAUUAAAGAACACACAGAUUUCAUUUUUGCAACAAUAAAGGCUACUCUGAAGCCAUACCCAGUGCCUACCUCAAAAGAAGUGCUCAUACAGGAGAGAACUCAACUGAAGGGAUCGGAACUAGAAAUUACACUUGUCAGAGGAGGUUUGUGUCGUCAUGUGGGUCCAGCAUGUGCAUAUGUUAAUCUCAACAUUUGCAUUAAUGGUACAGAGCAAGAUGGUAUGUUGCUGCUAGAAAAUCCAAAGGGCGAUAAUAUGCUGGAUUUUACCAAAUUUGUGGAUGCUGUGUCCUGUAUUUUCAAUCUCAAAAAUUCAAAACUGACCAUUUUUAAUGGAAAAACAGAACUGAUGAACAAAACUGACUUGCUGAGUCUCAGUGGAAAGACUCUUUAUGUGACAUCAGGGUCAGCUCCUGCUUUGAUCAACCCCCCUGAUGCUCUUGUCUGCCAGUAUAUCAACUUGCAGUUAGUGAAUAUGAAACCACAAGAGUGUCUAAAAGGAAUAGUUGGAACUCUUCUCAUGGAAAAUCCAGUUGGUCAGAACGGCCUGACCUAUCAAGGUCUUCUGUAUGAAACAGCAAAAGUGUUUGGGCUCAGGAGCAGGAAGCUAAAGUUGUUCCUGGAUGAAGCACAAACACAGGAGAUUACAAAAGACACCUCCAUGAAGACACUGAACAUGAAGACUGUGUAUGUUUAUGUUAUACCAACAACUGCUGAAUGCUGAGAAUUCCAUUUUUAUGAAUGAGCCUAUGUAGACUUCUUUUUUUCACAGAAGAGAAAUCUGAUUUAAAUUAGUAUACUUUUUAACAAACAUCCAAGUUGUGUACUGUACUUUCAACAUCUUCAGUUGUACAUUGAAGAUGUUUUCUACCAGUGCAUGUGUAAUAUGCUGCUUUUGGUUUCAAAUACAAUUUAUUUUCAUUAUGUUAUAAGAUACUUUAAAAGUUUUUCACAGUAAUGUCAGAUCUUAACCCUGGAUAUCUAUGCAGUAACUUGCCUGAAAGAGAUGGGACUCUAGUACCUCAAUGAUGCCAUUCUCAGCCUGUCCUUUAUACAGAGACCACCUUUAGUUUUCUAAAUCAUGGCUCACACACAAGGAUCUGUGAUAUCUACUAUGUUCUGAUAGCUUUGAAACUAAUUAAGAAAGUGUUAUCCAGUUUUGUGAAUUCAUACUAGUUGGGUUUUCAUAAGGUUUGUGGCGUUGAUGAAAAUAAUUCUUAAUUUCAGAAACUUUGAACAAUAAAUUUGCGCUUUCUCCAAGACCAUAUUUUCCUGAGUUUGUUUAAUAUUUUACUUUCCGAAACCUUAGAGAGAUGGUACUUUUGAAUUCCUCGGGAAACACAAGCCGCUAAAAGAACAUUGAAAGUAAUAGUUUUCAUAACUGGGUUAUUAUAAAUGUUUGGGUUGUGAUGUUUGCAUGUUCUUGGUUUGUGUGGGCAUAUAUAGCUGGCACUUUGCAUGCACACACACUGAAUUUAGUAACCUAAGUUAAUAAAACAACUACUUUGAACUUUCAGUGGGUCCAAGGAUGGAGAGGCCAAAUAAAUCUAACUAGUGACCUUGCUGGUUUGGUGGCAGAUUUUAGAUUCAUAUUCCAAGCAUACUGUAUUUACUUGUGCACUACACACUCUUUUCCCUGUAAAAUCAGCUUUCCAAAAUUGAUGUACAUGUCUUAAGCAGGGAAGCUCAUUUUUCUUCUUCACUGGAACAGAAGCAUGGAGAUGCUGUAGUCCCAUGGUUCCCACUUCUCUCUGCCCCAGCAAGCAGAAGGUGCAGAGUCCAGUGUUAACCUUCUCAUAACUGCUAAGGAUUUGGAAGUAACUAAUGGCUGAGAAAUGAAAAGCUGCUACCAAUUCCUUAGCAGCUAUGAGACUGUUAACACUGUAGCUUAUGCCUGAAGUAGCAGUUGAGCUAGUUCAGGGGAAAUGAGCUGCUGCAUGAAGUCAGCCAUGACUCUGGAAGCCAUUCUUUUUCCACCCUCCCCACAUUCUGCCUUCCAGAAACAACAUGCAUCUUAGGGGUGUGCAGUAUGUGAGAAAAUUUAGUGUUUUAUUAGCUCUCAAAUCUUUAAGGAAUUGUUUCUUGAGGAAUUAAAAUAGUUGAUGACAUUGGGUAAAAAGAAAACUCUAAAAUUAGUAAAUUUCUAACUGACACACAUCUGGUAAUGAAAAUUAGAGAUGUCACCUUGAGUGGAGAAAGCUUUUGGGGGGUUUUUUUAAGGCUGGGAUUUUCAAAGGAACCAAAAGGAAGGUAGGUGCCCAAAUCACUGAAUUUCCUGACUACUUAUUUUUUUGGCAUGUGGAACAACCCUGGAUUCUUUAUUGCUGGGUGUAAGUUCCAGUCAACAUCCUUUUACCUUACUCAUUUCCCAAGAAGAAAGCUAAGCAAACUGUAAACAAGCAAGAUUACAGAGACCAUUUCAUAAGAAUAACUAGAAAUAUAAAUAUCAGUGUUUUGUUGCUUGCUUUUUGUUAGUGGGACAUGCAGAAUUCACUUGAACAACUGUCCAGCUAUAUCAGUUCAUUUACCUGUAAUGUGAUAAAAUCCUUUGAAUUUCCAGUAUCCCAUGAAUAACUAGGAAAGCAUGGUUCAGUGCCCGGCUGUCUUCCCUUAAGAAACCUUUCUUAUCUCUUUAUUGAGAUCUAACAUGAAAAUCAAGUAAGACUUAAAUUUAUGUGGACAUGUUUUUUUGCACAUAAAGUAAUACGUUCUGGUUAUGCCUUUUGUGAAGAUGAAAUUGCAGAUUCCCAGCUAAUGAUGCUUCAGCUUUUAUAGAAAAUUAAACGAAGGCUGUGUAAAAGAUUGAAAUUUAACUUUAUUAUUCAUGAGAUGAGGAAUCCAUUAUAAUGACAGUUUUUAGAACGAGAAUGUUAUUGCUUGCAUUUUUAAGGUUAUUUGGGGUAUAGUCAAUUAUUUAGCCAAUAUUAAUGAAUGAUAAAUGGGUAUGUCCUGGCCAUCUUUUUAAAAAUGCAGGGUAUGGACUGGCAGAAAAAAACAAAUUUCUGACAGAAUCUUCACCCUUUUGCAAAAUUGCAUAUGAUGCUGCUUAUUGCCAAAAAAUCAAAUCUACUUUCCAGAAAUUUAGUAUCUUCUAUCGGCUAAAUCUAUUAAUCUCCAAAUAAACUGUUGCUAAAAUAUUCUGCCUAGACCUACUGUAGAAAAGCAGCUGAUACAUUCCAAAAAUGAAAACAGCUGUUUUUUUCCUUUCCUCUGAAAUAACAGAAGUGUAAUACCUGUGUUGCACCAUUACAAGCAGGGCUUGUUUGGUGUUUCAAUAAAAUUUAUCUUUAGA